AUGGGGAAUAAAAUCUCUAAGCAAAGAAAGUUGGGGGAUACCAUCACCAAGGCAACCAAUAUCAACCGUUCUAAUAUUAAUCAACUUCCUUCUGAACAGUUGAAAAUUCAAUACGAACAAAAUCAGCAAUCAUCCCAACCACCUCCACCAACCGUCGAUGAAAGUUUAAACCAAAAACCCCUUAACCCGUCCCAAAUACCUAAAUUCGAUGCCAAAUACCUCUCUAAAAAACUAAAACAAACCCCUGAAGGUAAAGAUGGGUUUGACCCUCAAGUAGAAAAAGAAUUUAAUCCAAAUUUUGUAAAUUCAAUUAAUCAUUUGGGUAAGCAAAUUAAAAGUCACGACUUGAAAUCAAAUCUAAAUCCAAAUAAUAUCGCCUUGAAACAAUUAAGUAACCGUAAAUCCUUAUUUGAAAAAGGUGAAAAAGAAUUAGAAAGUCAAAUGAAUCAAACUGAUCGUUCUUCAAUUAAAAGAUCAAUGAUCCAUCCAAGAACCUUAACUGCUAUUUUAAAUGACUUACAUGAUUCCAGAGUAUCUAAGGACCAAAUAUUAAAAGAUUACCAACUAGAUGACCAUUUCUUAAACAAUUUGCACAAUCGGUUCAAAGUUGCUUCUAAUAUUGUGGUUAUCGAAGAAGAGGCUUCUCAUGACCAAAUUGCUCCUAAAAACUCAACUAAACGUUUUGAUGAUAACUUAAUCGAUUAUAAUGGUCAACUAAAUGAAAAUUUGGAUAAACAAAAAUUGAAAAAUUUACAAAAUAGAUUAAAUUAA